GCACGCGAACGGUGAGACCCAGGCGCUGGCGAGCCCGUCGGUCGAGGAGACUUCCGUUAGCUAGGUCGCUCUCAUACACCUCCCUCCCUGUCCAGAGCAUCGGGCGAGGAUGCGCGAGACCGAGGCGGAGGUGUAUGUUGUUAACGGCGGCAACGACGGCGGCGGCGGCAGCGGCAGCGGUGGCGGCGGCGGCAACGACAGCAGCGACGACGACGACGAAGAUGGGCGCAAGCUGUCGACCGUUCAGGAACUGCCGGAGCUCACUGCCAGCCCGCCGGUCAGCCUGGCGAUGCGCCAAGCACGCGAGAGGAGUCAGCGCGAGGAGUCGGGCGAACCGCGUCGCGAUUCCGAUCAGCCGAGCGAUCGCAACGAAGCCGCGAUCAGCAGCAUUUCCGAGAGAGUAGAAGCGCGCGCGAGGAAAGAGGGAUCGUGCCCGAACGAGGAGCAGAUUCUAAGCUACAGCAACUCGCCGACCUUCUCCGAAUUCUCCUCGUAGUAUUCGAACGGUCAUCCCGAAUCGCGACAGGUCCCCCCUUCAGCAUCCUUCACGGAGCUUCCGACCAGCACGAAGGGCCUCGUCUAUCUUGCCGCACUCGACAGCAUUUUAUAAACGCCAGACGUUUUAUAUAUUCCCACGA